GCACCUGCCGCUCCCUGAUGAUUCAGCCUUUCAGCUGCUUGGAGCUCACAGACAAGACAGCAUGUCCCUCCUGCCACUGCAGUGCCUGGCCGUCCUGUCCUCUGCACUACAGCUACCGCAGCUGCAGCCGGCCCAUCACGUCGACACCCGCCUCUUCUGCCCAAGUGCUCAGGUGAGUGAGCGCUACUAUUUCAUCACAGCUCACCACUAGACCACACAGAACAUUUAAGGAAUCUAAUUCUCUUCUCUUAUCCUGCAGUGAAUUUGACGAUUCUAUUAAUAGACUCAUGAUUGUGUUUCUUGUACGAAAGCAUGAGUAAGGAACUCCUUUCCCUCGUGCGCAGAAGACUGUCUCCAUACCUCCUAGACCGUUAACAAGGUUCGACUCACUCUGAAGAGCAAUUUUUACCUUUCUCUCUGAAAUCCUCGGCUCUGACUCUGCAGCCUCACCAUGGAAAACAUACUCGAGGAAACUGGUGGCAGACAGCCACCGUACGAUGCUCUGAGUUAAUAGUUGAGGUGUUCAGAGACCCUUCAUCCGGCAGUUGGACAGGAUGACUGAGGGAAUGGAGGACUUCUCUGCAGGGCCAGCUCCCCCUCCUGGAUCGGCCUCCCCCACCGGCUCUACUGUUGAUACUGGACAAGUCCCUGAGGAGAAACCUGAGGAGACGGAGGCAGCUGGUGAGAGUGGGGAGGAGGGCGCUGAGGGAACUGCAGAGGGAGGUGGUGAUGGUGAUGGGGAGCAUCUGGGGGCUUUGGGAAUUGUGGCCUUGCCAGGGACCUGCUGUGUGUGCAUAGAGAUGGAACAGAUUAACAACUGCCUGCACUCUGAGAAAAUCUGCAUUCUGCCUAUCCUGGCCUGUCUGCUUAGCUUAGCCCUCUGCACAGCUGGCCUUAAAUGGGUCUUUGUGGAUAAGAUCUUCGAAUACGAACCACCCACACACUUAGAUCCUAAACGCAUUGGACAGGACCCAAUUAUUAUAUCAGUUGACCCCACGCUGGGACUAACUGUGUCGAUUCCCCAUUCAUCUCCGUCCACUGUCUCCCUGACCACCGCCAUCGCUCUGGCCCCAGGACGUCCUGAUGUUUUAGUUGAAGAGAAAUCUACACGAGGGCCGUACGUGCCUCCUUCUCCACGAGUGACUCAGUCUGAUCCCCCCGUUACACUGACAUACAGCGCUGGGCGUCCCACCAUCCCAAAGCAGACACCCCACCCUCAGUCAACACAGGAAUUCAACGACAUUGUGGUCCCAACAGUCUCUGCCACCAGCACCACCACUACAGCCAAGACCUCCAGUCAUGUGACGCGCUGCAGCGACAGCCAGAAGAACUACUGUGUUAAUGGAGGAGAGUGCUUCACCCUUGAAAUCAUGCCAGGCAGCACAAAGUUUCUCUGCAGGUGCUUGGCGGGAUUCACUGGGCACCGAUGUGAACAAGCUGUGAUUAAGAAAGUCUCAGACCCAAAACAAGCUGAGGAGCUGUAUCAGAAACGUAUUUUAACAAUAACAGGAAUCUGCAUUGCACUCCUAGUCGUUGGAAUCAUGUGUGUGGUUGCCUACUGCAAAACAAAGAAGCAGAGGAAGAAGCUCCAUGACCGUCUGAGGCAGAGCCUGAGGAAUAAGAGGAACAACAAUACCAAUACUGGUGUUGGCCCCAACGGGACAAGCUCAGCCAGAGGACGUCCGAUUUCUAACUUGCCUCUUCAAGAUUUGCAGCUUAUCAAUCAAUGUAAUGGGACUAUGCAGCAUGCAGCUGAGAAGGAGACAGAAACCACCUUCUCCACAAGCAAAUAUGCCUUAUCUGCGCAUGAACCCACAACAACACUCACCCACAUCUCCAGCCAAAGGUUUGUAUGUGCAAUGACAACCCCAACUCAGCUGUCUCCGGUGUCCCAGACCUCUCCUGCAACUCCAGCGUCUCCUCCAUCAGAGAUGUCAGCCCCCCUGUCUAGCCUGGCCAUCUCUGUCCCCUCGGUGGCUUUAAGCCCCUCUGGUGAGGAGGAGCGCCCUCUGCUGUUGUCGAAGACAGGUCAGUCACACAAGUCCUCAAGCCGAGAUGAACAGAAGAGGACCUCCGCCCACUACAACCACGGCCAUAUGGCGCAUAGCUUACCGCCUAGCCCACUGUUUACUAUGGAGAAUGUUAACUACCAAGACAUAGAUGACCACGACGCCACAGCUGCCAGCCAGAAGUUCCCAGCGUCGCCCAAGAAGAUAAUUCCUACAAACAACAACAUCAGUGACUGCAGCACCAAAAAGGCAGGAGUCACCAACGGCUAUGUGCUGCAUAAUGUGGAGUCCAGUGGUGACAGCAUGCUAGUGGGUGAAACUGAGGAGCCUCAGGGGGAACGCACACCCUUCUUUACCACAGAUAGCACUACAGCCCUGCUGCUCAGGGCUAUGGACAGCAGCAGGACUAACCCAGCAUCAUCAAACGAUGACGUGCAAGUCAAGUCCUCCGGUUCCACCACCAAACAAAAUCCAGUUGCUGUGUAAAGUCAAAAGAAAAUAGCUGAGAAUCCUUUAUGUUGAGGAAAAGAACAAAUAAUCACUAUUAAACCUUUAUUUUCUAUAAAUUAUUUGCAGUGUAAAGACUUUUAAAGAGAAAUGAAAAAUGAAACUUUUAUUUUAGUGACGUAGUGAAUAAAGAGUUUUAUAUUAAAAAAAACAAUAAUAAUAAUAAUAAUAAUAAUAAUAAAAAUGCGUUCAUGUCUUGUAGGUAAAGUGCCAUACACUAGUAUGCAGCAACGGUUCACGGUAUAUUUCAGUGCAGAAAAAUAUCAAUGGUGCCUUUCUGUUUGGUAUGCUUAAGGGAACUGCAACAUUGCAUACUGGGCCAUAUAUUCACCAUCUUAAUCUUCCAGUUAACAAUCAAAAAAAAAUAACUCGCUGGCUGCCUUUAACGUCCUGCAGUUGGAAGUGCCCAGUGACGUGACAGUAUGGAAGUUUGUUCUUAUGUGUUCGAGGUGCAUGCUACGUCCUGAAAUGCUCUGAUGGAAUAAUGAGCUGUUUUUUGUGAUUUCCUCUCCAGCCACCGGUCAAAUUUAUCUAAUGACCUGCGUGCUGCUCAUGGGCUGUCUCACUGACACUUUCUUUUCUUUUCUUUUCUUUUCUUUCUUUCUUUCUGUCUUUAUUUUUCUUGAAUACUGAACUUCAACGCCUGGACUGAUGUUUUUGAAUAAAUAAUGAAUCAGCUCAGCACCUGCAUUUGAGGAGAAGUGGAAGAAGUUGUCAGAGAUCAUAACAUUUUAAUUCAUCACUGGACUACGACACUAUAGAUGACCAUCUUAUCUUGGUAACCUGCCGGUGAAGGAAUGUUACAGUCAGUAAAGUCUGUCUCUUUCGUGUUACUAAUACUGUCACUCAUGUGCUUUUUUUUCCUCAAAAGGAGUUAGGUUAGGGUACUGAACUGGUGAAUGGGUCAAGCUCAAUACUGCGUCCUACAUUUCCCAUGAUGCUUGAAAGUAUCUUUUUGAACGUAAAGUUUUAUUGCUUUCUAUGCUGGCAGGUAUCCACAGGAGUUAAAGACAAAACUACAAGUAAGAAGACCAGCAAUCCUCUAUUUGUUCCACAGAACACUCCCAUUGCCUGUGCUCUCCAUCACCAGUAUAUCACUGAUUGCAUCUUUAAAUUCAAGAAUAUGAAUGAAAGACUGAAUAUGUGGUUCACUUUGUCCUGUUUUAAGACAUCCAUGUGUUCCUGAGUAAUGCAUUUUGGGGAUUAAAGAAAUGGCUAAAUAUACACAUGACAGCAAGCUGCUUUAAUUUGUUUCAGUCAUAUAUCUAUAAUACAGUUCAAAUUUGACUUUGUCACAGUUUCCAAAGACAGCGUGUAUGCACUUAUUUUUUCAACUACCACUGCUUGUGUUAACAUGUCUGGUCUCGUUGUAUGUGCAAUUUUUAAAAAAACAAAACAAAACAAAACAAAAAACAAUGUUUUGACGGUGUCUUCUAACAUGAAUACAGUUUAUGAAAAUCUGCCAAAGACUGUCACCACUUCUAAACCCCUAGAAUAAACAGAUUUAUGGAGAAAAAGCAAAUCUAAAUAACAAUUACUGGGCUCUGUAAUCAACCAUAGUUUCUUAAAAUGUAUGUAUGUAGCAUCAGCAGUCAGCCGAGCUUAUGAGUAAGUAUGAUGACAUUAGACGUGCUGCCCCAUGAAUAGUGUUUUAAUGGUGGCCAUACUUCUGUAUUUUAUAUUUACACUAAGAUUAUUUCUUAUUUAUUUGGUAAUUCUUGCUAAUUACAAGCAUUGAUAACUCUUACAGUAUAUGGUAUAAACAUUUUAUUUUAACAAACAUGAUUUCAAAAUGUAAAAAAAAAAUAUAUAGCCAUCUGUUCCAUAUGGAUUAUAGUGCUAAAUAGAAAAAACAACUACUUUUAAGUGUCAUAUUUUGUCACUUGUAUGCGUACCAUAACUCACAGUGCAUUGCUUUUAGGUCUAGGAGUGUCUUCAAAUGAUGUAAAUACACCAUGAAAACCUUCAGCGCUGUUGUUUCUUAUUACAUAUUAAAUCAGUUCUGUGUUUUGUG